GUGAUGUGGCCCAGAAGUGUAUCUUCCACGUCACAGGGAAGUGGGGGACGGAUAGCUCGAGAAGAUCCUCUGAGCAAUUUUACCGAUGCCCAAGUAAAUAGAAUACACGACUGAGGCAGUUUGAAAUAUAAUAACGUCCAGUAAGGAAUUCUCUUCACAUUUCUGUUGAUUGGGCUGCUGCAAGAGAAAAGGCAAUCCAUCUGGCAAAAUGACUGCAGCCGAGAAUGUUUGUUACACCCUGAUUAAUGUUCCAAAUGACUCCGAACCUCCAUCUGAAGUCAGUCUCAAAGCAGACUUGGAAAAAGGAGAGAUCAAGGCCAAGACCGAGGCCCUGAAGAAGGUCAUCAUCAUGAUACUUAAUGGAGAGAAGUUGCCUGGCCUACUGAUGACUAUAAUCCGAUUUGUCCUCCCACUUCAAGACCACACCAUCAAAAAACUUCUGCUGGUCUUCUGGGAAAUUGUCCCCAAGACAACUCCAGAUGGCAAGUUGCUUCAGGAAAUGAUCCUGGUCUGUGAUGCGUACAGAAAGGACCUUCAGCAUCCCAACGAGUUCAUCCGUGGAUCCACCUUGCGCUUUCUCUGCAAGCUGAAGGAGUCUGAGCUGCUUGAGCCCCUCAUGCCUGCUAUUCGUGCCUGCCUGGAGCACCGCCACAGCUAUGUUCGCCGCAAUGCUGUUCUGGCCAUCUACACCAUCUACAGGAACUUUGAAAAUCUCAUCCCAGAUGCUCCAGAGUUGAUCCAUGAUUUCCUUGUAAAUGAAAAAGAUGCCAGCUGCAAGAGAAAUGCUUUCAUGAUGCUAAUUCACGCAGAUCAGGACAGAGCUCUCGAUUACCUCAGCACCUGCAUUGAUCAAGUGCAUACAUUUGGAGACAUUCUCCAGCUGGUAAUUGUGGAGCUGAUUUACAAGGUGUGCCAUGCAAACCCCUCAGAGCGGGCCCGCUUCAUCCGCUGCAUCUACAACCUGCUGCAGUCCUCCAGCCCGGCCGUGAAGUAUGAGGCAGCUGGCACCCUCGUCACCUUGUCCAGUGCCCCCACUGCCAUUAAGGCUGCUGCCCAGUGCUACAUUGACCUUAUCAUCAAGGAGAGUGACAACAACGUGAAACUGAUCGUCCUGGAUCGUCUGAUAGAGCUUAAGGAGCAUCCCACUCAUGAACGUGUUCUCCAGGACUUGGUGAUGGAUAUCCUGCGUGUAUUGAGCACACCUGACCUUGAGGUCCGGAAGAAGACCCUGCAGCUGGCCCUGGAUCUAGUCUCAUCCCGAAACGUAGAGGAGUUGGUAAUUGUCCUGAAGAAGGAGGUGAUUAAGACCAACAACGUGACCGAGCAUGAGGACACUGAUAAGUUCCGACAGCUGCUGGUGCGCACCCUCCACUCCUGCAGUGUCCGCUUCCCCGACAUGGCUGCCAACGUCAUCCCUGUGCUGAUGGAGUUCUUAAGUGACACUAAUGAGGCCGCAGCUGCUGAUGUGCUGGAGUUUGUGAGGGAGGCCAUACAGAGGUUCGACAACCUGAGGCCCCUCAUCAUCGAGAAGAUGCUGGAAGUCUUCCACGCCAUCAAGACAGUGAAGAUCUACAGAGGAGCACUUUGGAUCCUUGGAGAAUACUGUAGCACUAAAGAGGACAUUCAGAGCGUGAUGACAGAAGUACGCAGGUCACUUGGAGAGAUCCCGAUAGUGGAGAAUGAAAUAAAGAAAGAGGCUGGGGAGGUGAAGCCAGAGGAGGAGGUGAACGCAGCACCAGCAGCCAAACUGGUGACAGAGAUGGGCACAUAUGUCACACAGAGUGCCCUCAGUUCAUCCAGACCCUCAAAGAAGGAGGAAGAUAGACCACCUCUCAGGGGCUUUUUGAUGGAUGGAGACUUCUAUGUGGCAGCAUCGCUGGCGACAACCUUGACCAAAGUGGCCCUGCGAUAUGUUGCCAUUGUUCAAGACAAAAAGAGACAAAAUUCCUUUGUGGCUGAGUCUAUGCUGAUCAUGGCCACCAUCUUACAUCUGGGCAAGUCCUCUCUACCCAAGAAGCCUAUUACAGAUGACGAUGUGGAUCGCAUCUCGCUCUGCCUCAAGGUGCUAUCGGAGUGCUCGCCACUUAUGAAUGACAUUUUCAACAAGGAGUGCCGCAAGUCCCUGUCUCACAUGCUUACUGUGAGGCUGGAGGAGGAGAAGCUAUCCCAGAAGAAAGAGUCAGAGAAGCGCAACGUGCUAGUGCAGGCAGAUGACCCCAUUUCCUUUAUGCAACUGACUGCCAAGAAUGAGAUGACGUCUAAGGAGGACCAGUUCCAGCUCAGUUUACUGGCUGCCAUGGGCAACACCCUUAAAAAGGAGGCUGCAGACCCCUUGGCCUCCAAACUCAAUAAGGUGACCCAGCUGACUGGUUUCUCAGACCCAGUCUAUGCUGAAGCCUAUGUCCAUGUCAACCAGUAUGACAUUGUGCUGGACGUGCUGGUUGUCAACCAAACAAAUGAUACCCUUCAGAAUUGCACCCUGGAGCUAGCUACAUUGGGUGACCUUAAACUGGUUGAGAAGCCUUCUCCUCUUACUCUGGCACCUCAUGACUUUGCCAACAUCAAGGCAAACGUCAAAGUGGCAUCUACAGAGAAUGGCAUCAUAUUUGGAAACAUAGUGUAUGAUGUAUCGGGAGCUGCCAGCGACAGGAACUGCGUGGUCCUCAGUGAUAUCCACAUUGAUAUAAUGGAUUACAUUCAGCCAGCCUCGUGCACAGAUGCAGAGUUCAGACAGAUGUGGGCUGAAUUUGAGUGGGAGAAUAAGGUGACCGUGAAUACCAACAUUGCAGACCUAAAUGAGUACCUCCACCACAUCCUCAGCUCCACCAACAUGAAAUGCCUGACCCCAGAGAAGGCACUCUCUGGCUUCUGUGGCUUCAUGGCUGCCAACCUGUAUGCUCGCUCCAUCUUUGGUGAAGAUGCGCUGGCCAACGUCAGCAUUGAGAAACCCAUCCACCUUGGACCAGACGCCCCUGUCAAUGGACAUAUCCGCAUUCGAGCCAAGAGCCAGGGUAUGGCGUUAAGUCUGGGUGACAAGAUCAACCUUUCCCAGAAAAAAUCAUCGGUGUAAAGCAAACU